GCAGAUUUUUUUACACUCACUGUGUCGCGUUGCCUGAGUUAGCGCUUUCGUUUCUACUGGGUAGUGCUGGUUGUUUCGCUAAAUACGUGGCAUGCAACAUUAGCCAGUCACAUCGGUUGUUUACAACAUGAAGCUAGCUGCCUGCUAGCUCCGUGUGUAUUUGUUCCGCGUUAGCAUGUUAGCGUUGACGCGCUCGUUAACUGCGUGCACACGCAGAGAUGUCGCUACAUGUUAAACACAUCUGACAGUCCGCGGAUGAUCCACUGACAUUUCUGCACAGAUUUGGUCAAUGUGCUGGAGACGUCAGCCAGGGGCUGCGGUGGGUUUGCGGUUAGCCGGUUAGCUUGGCUGGGCUUAUCUUUCGGUCUGAGCCACAGAGUGGAUGCAGCGCUGCAGUCAUCGCCGCGUCGAGGACACAUCCGUGCACACAACAUAUAGAUACAGUAGAGGAAUUUGAAGACAGUAUAAUGCAAAAGAAGAUGAAAAUUCCCAAGAUGUCCAUCGAGAAUUCAGGAAACUCUAUUGAGAACAAUUUUGGAGAAGAGAGGUUGCCACUCAGGCAUAAAAAGGCCCUGUCUCAGGACCAUGGACGCCCGCUGUCUAACUCAUCCAAGAGCCUUGCAGCAGUAGUGGCUCGCCUUGAGAGAAAUGCAGCCAGCUCCUGUAUGGAGGGUGAAGAGGACCUGGAUGAGGACCGGCUUGCUGAGGAGGUAGAGGAUGCAGAAGAUGAAGAUGAAGAUAUGGAGGCAGAACAUCAGCAACAUCAUCACCAGCAGCAGCAGCAGCAACAGCAGCAUUUGGAGGUGGAUACAGAUUGUGUGUCAGAGGUAGCUGCAGCUGUGGUUCCUAGAGUCUUGUAUGAAGAGCUGGUUCACAGCUACAGGCAACAGGAGGAGGAGAUGAGGAGGCUGCAGCAGGAGCUGGAGAGAACCCGCAGACAGCUCGUACAGCAGGCCAAGAAGCUGAAGGAAUAUGGCAGCUUGCUGACAGAGGUCAAAGAACUGAGGGACUUCAACAGGAGGCUGCAAGACGUACUUCUUAUGAGAUUGGGCAGCGAGCCUAUGCAUGACAAUGGCACUCAGACAAUCAAGGCUGAAGUGGUUGAGCCCAUUGUUGACACCCAAGAGACAUGCAGAGAAGAAGCCAACACCAGUUCCAGCUACUCACCCUCACCUAGAACAGUAUACACCUGCAAUGAUGGAAAGGUACACCUUGGUGGUGGAAUUUGGGUUGAAGAGGAGAAAUGGCACCAGCUCCAGCGGACCCAGGGAGACUCCAAGUUCACAAAGAACUUGGCUGUAAUGAUCUGGGGCACAGAAACCCUCAAAAACCGCAGUGUCACAGGAGUGGCCACCAAAAAGAAGAAAGAUGCUCUGCCCAAACCUCCACUGUCACCCAGCAAGCUGAAAAUCGUCAGAGAGUGUCUGUACGACAGAGUGUCUCAAGAGACAGCCGACAGUGCAGAGAUUACGCAGAGAUUAUCCAAAGUGAACAAAUACAUUUGUGAAAAGAUAAUGGACAUCAACAAGUCCAUCAAGAACGAGGAGCGGCGGGAGUCCAAGCUGCUCAUCAGACAGACAGUCAAGAUGGAGAACUUCACCUACGAUGGCAUGUAGUGAUCAACUGUUGUCACACCAGCGCCUUCUGCCCCCAGUGGUUCACAGGAUAUUUAGGGGACUCUGAUAUGGGUGGUUGGGGGAUAUUUAUAACAGUUUCAGGAGUUGUUUUACUUUGACACAUUGGAUUGGUUAUUAUGUGAAAUCUUUACACAAAUAGACCUCUUCCCACCUCCCAACAGAACCAUUACCUUCCUCAGUGCCCAGUUUCCUCAUUGGCUGACAGACAGCUUUACCCAGCAGUCAGAAGUUGAACAUAUGUGGAUCAGUUUAAUAAGAGCUGGUGUGAGUGUUUUUGUUGUUUUGUUUCAAAUUUAUCGUGGAAUUGGUACAGAGACAUGGUUUAUUGAGGUGUAUGCAUUUGUGUCAAAGGAGAGAUAAGAUGUGAUUGUGAAAUUAAUUUAUUGUUCUGUGUCAGAACAUAAUCUUGCGUCAUUAAACUUUUAAAAAGUAAGAGGUUAUUUCCCUAGACAAAGUCUUCUGAUGCUAUAAAGAUGAUGAUGCUAGCUUGCAUUAGAUUUUAGACAUGUUCGGAUGUUUGGUGACGACCCUAUCACCGUGGAUACUUACUUACUGAUGGUACUUAAUGCAUAGAAUGCAACAUUGUCAUCUCAAAUGUUUAAGUCUUAAUUGGUAACAGCCAUAUAACAUUUUGCAACAAUUUUGUUGCUCCGUGAGCUGAGUGAGUGUGUGCACCCCCUUAAAAUGUAGGUCAAUCACAACAAAUCCCUUUAUUAAGAUGAGGGCUUACAGGGAUUUAAUAGGAAGAAUGACUCUAAUGAAGAGUCUAUGGAGUGCUAUGUUUGUUUUGUUUUAUAUGUUGACCUUUUAGUGGUGAACAUUUGCCAUCACUGAGAGAGCACAAGGAGAGAGGGUUUGAUGGCAUUUUGCUGCGUUACUCUUAAUCAAACAUGUCACUUUCAGACGAUCUGACUGUUUAAUGAGUUGUAGUGAUACAGGCAUGUUGAUGCCGAGAAAGGCCUUAAAAUGGAUUUGGCAAUCACCAGGGGACCUGUAUGCCCCUGGGUUUUCUAGUAAGCUGUGAUUGUAGAUGUAUAGUAAGCUCAAGGGAUGAAGCUUCACCUGCACUUUGCUGUGAGAAUGUAAGUGAUGGCUAGGUACUAUUUUUCUGUGUGAUUCACGCUGUUGAUCUGAGCCGGGCAACUUUCUGCCCCCUCCCCCCAUCCCGCUAAAAAAUGCCCGCCUGCUCGGGACAGCGCGGGUGAGAAAAUCAGAGUGCAGCUCUGCGCGGCUCAGGUCAUCUUUGUGUGGAAGCAGUGUUAGCUGUGGGUAAAGCUGUCUGAAAAACUGUUGCGCUGUUGAAGUUGUGUGGGCCUGCUGAACCCUAUAAUAACCCCCUGUUUUUUAUGCCAUGCCACCGUGGAACAAAGUAAGGUCGCUCCAGUGACAGCUUCCUCUGAGCUAUGCCAUCAGAACUUUGAAAAUUGUCCUUUUUUCUUAUGUUUUUUUUAUGUUUUUUUUUUUCUCUCUCCGGUUGUUUUAUUGUUUUGAUCCAAAAAGGUUUGUGUGGCUGUCUGCAGGCUGGAACUAAAAUGCUGCAGAUUGAAAUCUCAACUGUGACCUAUAGCUGUGGCUAACUGUGAAUCUGCUGCAGAGCUGCCCAUCAAGCCUCUCUCUUCUUCACACUCUAGAUUCUUGUUUGUCGGUUGGUUUAUUUCUCUCUAUCAUUUUGUCUGUCUUGUUUUAUUUUUGUUAUCCCAACAGUUCAGAUCAGACUUUUGUUAAGCUACCUUAUGUUUUGAGGAUAUUUUAGUGUACAUAAAACACAUCUUUUUAUUUUUUCCACCAAACAUGGAUGUUUCAGUUUCUAUUAAUAUUUUCCUGUUACGGUUUUAAGGUUCUGGUCAAGUUUUGGUUUAAAUACUAAUAUAUGUUGUAAUUCCAUAUUACCUAACAAUUUCUUGAUUCUUUUUAUGGUUCUGUAUUUUUCUUAGUUUUUUAUUCGUAUGAAUUGUUGGCUUUAAGCUUGAUAUUGUAUCCAAACGUAGAUCAAUGGAAUCUACAAAAAAUUUAAAAUGAAUCUCCCUUUUUUAGCCAAAGUGAUCUCUAUGAAACGAGAUAGUUUCCAUAACAAAAUUUUUGACAGAGCCCAGACAUUAAGCUUCAUUCACAACGUGGUAUUUGAUGCCUCGUUUAGAAUCUAGCCUCUAAAUAUCUGCCACAGUAAGGUGAAAAUCAAUAUUGUUAAACUGUUGUACUCUAGCAAUUCGAUUGACACAAAUCAUUUACAUGGAAUGCACUUUAGACCUCUGGGCAGUUUCUUCAAUCCUAAAGAAAUGCAUUUGUGGUAUUUGUCCUUUUUUAAAUGUCUAUAUAGAUUAAGGCCUAACAAUCAUUGCAUUAUCAUGGAGCACCUUAGAACAUUUUGGUUUUGGUUUUUAUGGAAAGAAUAAGACAUGAGGUUUUCUCAGUCAGAUAUGCCCCUGACAUGCCAAAGCUCCUAGCAAGCUUCAUAGAUUUAAUAUUUCCAAAGAGAAUUUUGAAUCUUUUGGGCACUUACAAAACCAGAUGUCCAUGAGUGAGAUGAUGUUGAAACUGGAUUCCAUAUCUCAAUCAUGGCCUCAUGAACAAUAGAUGGCUCACUUGACAAAUUGACAAGCAAAAGCCAACAACUCUUUUAUCAACAUGAUCAGUUUUCAACCAAAACAAUUGUCACCGAUCUUAAGAUAUUUACCUAUGAAAUGUGCAAGAUGACUGGAAUAUGUGCUUUAACUUGUUGUGUCAAGAUGCUGGUUAUGUGUAGAUAAGACUUAUUAUAUGGAGAUGAUUGUGUAUUUUUACAAAUGAGUGGUAAUUGUAAGCCAAACCAUUGAAAGCUGAGAUCAAGGUAAAGAAGGGGGGUGAUGCUGACUGAGCAAUCAGCAGGGUUUGCACAAAAAAUGGCUCAUGCCAAGCUAAGAGCUUAGUGAAUCUUAAGCCACCAAAAUAGUGACACGUUAUUGAUAUAUUUUUUUGAGUUCCUAAAAAAGUCUCCUCUUUUAGUGUCCUUUAGUUUUCCCCUGUACAAAGGAACAUGUGAGAUGUGUGUGUGCGAGCAUGUAUUUAAAAUACAUGCCAUUUAAAAGAAAAAAGAUUUCUGCUGUGCAAAGCAACCUUGCUGAAAAGUCUGACACAUUGUUGUGUAUCGUGUUUGUGUUUGUUUCUUUGUUGUUUGAUGCCAAAAGGGGGUGUGGUUUCAAAGGCUGGUUUCCUGGAGCGUGAUUACGACUAAUCCUUUAACUAAAACCAUCUUCAGUGGAUGAAAGCUGCAUGGAAAUACUGUUUUUAACCCAGAUUUGGCUUCAUCUGUGAUGACAAGGCCAAUCUCUAUCAAAUGUACCAAGUCACUUGUAGAGGAGCAGUUUGGGAUUUAGCAGCAUAUUAGUAACAUACACCAACACAUAACCUGGCAGAUCCAUCAAUGGAUACUGUCGGCUAGUGUGUCUCUGUAACAGCACCAGACCUUCCAGUACUCUCACUGUCACUCAAGUAGAGAUAGGAAGAAAGUGUAACUUCGCAGGAUCUGUGAUCCUCUUCCUGUGCCGCCUUUAGGUCGUAACUCUCCUGACAUUUAUAUGGAGUAGAUUUUAAAAUACUUAUCAAGACAAUAGCAGAUCCUCCUCCUAGCUUGGUGUUUUGGGGUAUGUUGUGAACAACUUUCAAAGCUCUAGAAGUAAGAGAGCUUAUGUUGCUUUUUGACAGUUUCAUUGGGAAAAGAGAUCAGUUUCUAGCUUCACUGUGUGGAACAAGAUAAAUGGCAUCUCACAGUUUUUGCAACCAAGGGUUCACAAGAGCCAUUAGUGUUUGAGCCUCAGAUACAAUGUCCCACUUACUUCUAAAUGAGACAAAUGAGAGGAACACAUUGCUAGGUCUAUAUUUUUCUUAAGGUUAUCAGUAACUUUGUAUACAAUCCACAAACCGGUUCUACUUCAUCUAACUUCACCGUCCUACCUCAUUGUUACUCUGGUGUUUGUUUGUCAGUGACUGUAAACUAUGUGUGUAUAUUAAAAAAAUCUAUAGGAAAAGGUAUAUCUGGUUACUCUCAACAUGUAUAGCAUAUAAAAGUUGUAAAACACCUUAGUACAGAAAUAUCAUUCUUAAGAGAAAUCAGUUUUAUUACGAGCUUAAAGAUGCUGCUGUAAAGGGGUGUCUGCGUGAGGGGUCGUCUCAGAAUAUAUAUACCUUCGCUCUUUGCUAUGUCGUGCAGUUGAUCAGUGGUUGUGUUCUGUCUCUGUAUUGCAUUCUGAGAUUUUUACUGGUUGACGGUGCUACCAGCAAACAGUUCAAAAACUGAUCUAUUGGACCUCAAAUGGUGCUGUUUUCUAUGUUUUUAUCCUCAUACAGCUAUGUUUUAUUCAGGUGUGUCAACCGCCACUAUCCCCUCAGCUAAUCAAAUUUUAAGCCAAAAUAUUUCGCAAAACCAGUAACCCUGCUAUUACUGUAUCAACUAUAUGCUAUCCAUCCAAAUAUUGUAGAUAGUGAAUAUAUCCUCAGCUGUGAGUUUCAGAAGUACCUCAGAACUUGCUUAUUUUCAAUGGAUGCAUCUGCUUCUAGGACCUGUGGUCUACCAAUAUCACAUUGUUGCAGUGUAUUUUUCAGAUAUAUGCAUUUUUAAUGGUUAGAUCAGGUUACACUAUAGAUAUAGUACGUGAUUAUUAACUCACACUCAAACGACUGAUAAACCUAAAAGAUACCACUGUUCACUGGUUUCAUGCCAGGUUGUCAAAGGAAUUCUCAGUUGGAACGGGAAAUGUAUGUUACAGUAGAAGAUGUCCUCAGCUAAGUAUAUAUACAUAUAUAUACUUUGAGUCAAGCUUAGUUGUUUUACAGGAGAC